AUGGAGGAUGCUGACAGCAACCACCUAGGGUUGAACAUAAACAGCAUCAAAUCGAUCUCUCAGGUCCCGUUGAGAAGCUACGGAGUUGAGCUUUUAAGUGGAACUAACGUGAAGGUCAUUGUCGAAUAUGAUGGAAAUUUAAAAAGGAUGAAUAUAUUUGUUUCUAUGAGCAAUGGAACUGAAGUUAACACAAAAAAUCCAACACUUUCGGUGGAUAUCGACCUUACAAAGCAUCUUCCUGAGGAUGCCUAUGUGGGAUUCUCUGCUUCAACAGGGAGCCAAGUUGAACUUAACUGUGUUAAAGUCUUGGAGUUUCAAUUCUACAAAUGCUACUUAGUAUGGAAACGGGAAGAAAACAAAAAGAAACGUCCGGAUCCAUAUAUAAUACACAGACUUGAAAGCAGUACAGCAUCAAAAUUUUGGGAUUUGCCAGAGUCAAAAUUUUGGUUACCAAGAACAGAAUGA